GCCUUCCGAGGAUUGGCCAGUUUCUCCGCCAAUUUGAAAACUGCUUCACUGAUUGGUGCGUAUUGUGCACUCGUGUUUUUGUGGAACCAUUUCAGCCAGUCGACCAGAGUCAGAGGAGCCGCGGUCCUGUGAGCCAGUGGAAGAAGGAUGCCUCCCCAACUGUAUGAGUUCCAUCUUCCCUUAUCACCAGAGGAGUUGUUAAAAAGUGGAGGUGUGAAUCAAUAUGUUGUACAAGAGGUACUGUCUAUCAAACAUCUGCCGUCCCAGCUUAGAGCAUUUCAAGCUGCCUUCCGAGCUCAGGGGCCCCUUGCUAUGCUGCAGCACUUUGAUACUAUCUACAGCAUUUUACAUCACUUUCGAAGUAUAGAUCCUGGCCUCAAGGAAGACACUCUGGAAUUCCUGAUAAAAGUGGUAUCCCGCCACUCCCAGGAGCUUCCAGCCAUCCUGGAUGAUUCAGCUUUGAGUGUAUCAGAUAGAAGUGCCCAUCUAAAUGCCCUCAAAAUGAAUUGCUAUGCCCUAAUACGCCUCUUGGAAUCCUUUGAGACUGUAACCAGCCACACAAGCCUCAUGAACCUGGACGUGGGUGGAAAGGGUAAGAAAGCCCGGACUAAGACAGCCCAUGGCUUUGACUGGGAGGAAGAGAGACAACCAAUUCUUCAGCUUUUAACACAGCUACUCCAGUUGGACAUUCGUCACCUAUGGAAUCACUCAAUAAUUGAAGAGGAAUUUGUCAGUUUGGUUACUGGCUGUUGCUACCGCCUUCUGGAGAAUCCCACCAUUAGUCAUCAGAAGAACCGCCCCACUCGGGAAGCUAUAACACACCUGCUUGGGGUGGCCUUGACUCGUUACAACCAUAUGCUCAGUGCCACUGUGAAGAUCAUCCAGAUGCUGCAGCACUUUGAACAUCUGGCACCUGUACUGGUGGCAGCUGUGAGUCUGUGGGCAACAGAUUAUGGAAUGAAGAGCAUAGUGGGAGAGAUUGUAAGAGAAAUUGGACAGAAAUGUCCUCAAGAGCUGAGUCGGGACCCUUCAGGGGCAAAAAGCUUUGCAGCCUUCCUGACAGAACUAGCAGAACGAGUCCCAGCUGUCCUGAUGUCCAGCAUGUGCAUUUUGCUAGAUCAUCUGGAUGGAGAGAAUUACAUGAUGCGCAAUGCUGUGCUAGCAGCCAUGGCAGAGAUGGUGCUGCAAGUUCUAAAUGGCGAUCAACUGGAAGAAGCAGCCCGAGAAACUAGAGACCAGUUCUUGGACACCUUGCAAGCUCAUGGCCAUGAUGUUAACUCUUUUGUUCGAAGCCGCGUUUUGCAGCUCUUCACCAGAAUCGUCCAGCAAAAGGCCCUCCCCCUGACUCGUUUCCAAGCAGUAGUGGCUUUAGCAGUGGGACGUCUGGCAGACAAGUCAGUGCUAGUAUGUAAAAACGCCAUCCAGCUACUGGCCAGCUUUCUAGCCAAUAAUCCCUUCUCAUGCAGGCUUAGUGACACUGACCUUGCUGGACCACUGCAGAAGGAGACCCAGAAAUUACAAGAAAUGAGGGCCCAGAGGCAAACUGCAGCUGCCUCCACAGCACUAGACCCAGAAGAGGAGUGGGAAGCCAUGCAGCCAGAAUUGACGUCUACUCUGCAGCAGCUUCUAAAGUUUCCCCAGGAAGAAGAGGUGAUGCCUGAGCAAAUUGCUAAUACAGAGACCUCAGAAGAGGUGAAAGGACGCAUCCAUCAAUUACUUGCCAAAGCUAAUUACAAGCAGGCCAUCACUCUUGCUCGAGAAGCUAUGGGCCACUUCCAGGAGUCUGAACCCUUCAGUCUUACAGAACCAGAGGAGUCAGAGGAGAACAGGUUUCUGCAUCUCCUAGGAAUUAUCUUCAAAGACCCAGCAGCUUCCACACAGGGGUUGGAUAGGAACAUGGCCCCAGGACAGACUGUCUGCAAAGAAACCACCAGUGUGUCAGAGCCUGAGCGAUCCAGGAAGACUGAUGAGCUGGUGAAGCAGGAGAUGCUGGUGCAGUACCUGCAGGAUGCCUACAGCUUCUCACAGAAGAUUACAGAGGCCAUUGGCAUCAUCAGCAAGAUGAUGUAUGAAAACACAACGACAGUGGUGCAGGAGGUGGUUGAGUUCUUUGCGAUGGGAUUCCAGUUUGGGGUGCCCCAGGCCCUGUUUGGGGUGCGCCGCAUGCUGCCUCUCAUCUGGUCUAAGGAGCCUGGUGUCAGAGAAGCUGUGCUUAACGCCUACCGCCAACUCUACCUCAAUCCCAAAGGGGACUCUGCUAGAGCCAAGGCCCAGGCUUUGAUUCAGAAUCUCUCUUUGUUGCUAAUGGAUGCCUCAGUUGGAACCAUUCAGUGUCUUGAGGAAAUUAUCUGUGAGUUUGUGCAGAAGGAUGAGUUGAAACCAUCAGUGACUCAUCUACUGUGGGAGCAAGUCACCGAGAAGGUCCCCUGCUCUCCUCUGGAGCGCUGUUCGUCUGUCAUGCUUCUUGGCAUGAUGGCACGAGGAAAACCAGAAAUUGUGGGAAGCAACUUAGACAUGCUGGUGAGCGUAGGAUUGGCUGAGAAGGUUCCACAGGACUACAGGCUGGCCCAACAGGUGUGCUGUGCCAUUGCCAACAUCUCGGACAGGAGAAAGCCUUCUCUGGGCAAACGACACCCUCCCUUCAGGCUGCCUCAGGAGCACAGGUUGUUUGAGCGACUUCAGGAGUUGGUAACAAAAGGCUUUGCCCACCCAGACCCACUCUGGAUUCCAUUCAAAGAAGUGGCAGUGACCCUCACCUACCAAAUGGCAGAGGGCCCAGAGGUGAUCUGUGCCCAGAUGUUGCAGGGCUGUGCAAAGCAGGCCCUGGAGAAGCUAGAAGAAAAAAACACCAGCCAGGAGGACCCCAAGGAGACUAUUCCAGUGCUCCCAACCUUCCUGCUGAUGAACCUGUUGUCACUGGCUGGGGAUGUGGCCUUGCAGCAGCUUGUACAUUUGGAACAGGCAGUGAGUGGAGAGCUCUGUCGGCGCCGAGUUCUGCAGGAAGAACAGGAGCACAAGACUAAGGACCCCAAGGAAAAGAAUACAAGCUCUGAGACCACCAUGGAGGAGGAGCUGGGGCUGGUUGGGGGUGCCACUGCUGAUGACACAGAGGCAGAACUAAUCCGAAAUAUCUGCGAGAUGGAACUGCUGGAUGGUAAGAAAAAUUGCUGUGUGACCACUCCACUUGAGAUAGCCUAUCCCCAACCUAGAGUUGUUCUUCCAAUAGGCAAACAGGUACUGGCUGCUUUUGUUCCACUUCUGCUUAAAGUCUGCAACAACCCUGGCCUCUACAGCAACCCAGACCUCUCUGCAGCUGCUUCGCUUGCCCUUGGCAAGUUCUGCAUGAUCAGCUCGACUUUCUGUGACUCUCAGCUUCGUCUUCUGUUCACCAUGCUGGAAAAGUCUUCCCUCCCCAUAGUCCGGUCUAACCUCAUGGUUGCCACUGGGGAUCUGGCCAUCCGCUUCCCCAACUUGGUGGACCCCUGGACACCUCAUCUGUAUGCUCGUCUACGGGACCCAGCUCAGCAAGUACGGAAGACAGCUGGCCUGGUGAUGACGCAUCUGAUCUUGAAGGACAUGGUGAAGGUGAAGGGGCAGGUGAGCGAGAUGGCUGUGCUACUCAUCGACCCUGUGCCUCAGAUUGCCGCCCUGGCCAAGAACUUCUUCAAUGAGCUCUCCCACAAGGGCAAUGCAAUCUACAAUCUCCUUCCCGAUAUCAUCAGCCGCCUGGCAGACCCUGAGGGCGGGGUGGAGGAGGAGCCUUUCCACACCAUCAUGAAGCAGCUCCUCUCCUAUAUCACAAAGGACAAGCAGACUGAGAGCUUGGUGGAGAAGCUGUGUCAGCGCUUCCGAACAGCCCGAGCUGAGCGGCAGUACAGGGACCUGGCCUACUGUGUGUCACAGCUGCCCCUCACAGAGCGAGGCCUCCGUAAGAUGCUCGACAGUUUCAACUGCUUUGGAGAUAAACUGUCCGAUCAAUCUGUCUUCAGUGCUUUCUUAUCUGUUGUGGGCAAGCUGCGGCGUGGGGCCAAGCCCGAGGGCAAGGCUGUCAUAGACGAAUUUGAGCAGAAACUUCGGGCCUGUCACACCAGAGGGCUGGAUGGAAUAGAGGAGCUUGAGAUCAACCAAGGAGGUAGCCAGCGAGCCCCAUCAGCCAGGAAACAAUCCACUGGUAUGAGAGGCAGCCCCCAGGUAGUGAGCCCAGACUGGGCCCUCCCCACAAGCAACAGCCAGCUUUUCUUUUUGUUUAAAAAGCCUGUUUCUUUGCCUUUUCUAGUCUCCAGGCUGCAGCCUCUGGCUUCUGCAGCCUCAGACAAUGACUUUGUCACACCUGAGCCUCGCCAUUCUACUCGUCGGCUUCUGAACACUCAGCAGCGCACUUCCAAGAAGAAACCCAGAAUUGUCUUCUCAAGCGAUGAGUCCAGUGAGGAAGGUAAUGAUGCUCCCUCCAGGACAGCUGUGUUUGGUGGGGUCCUGCCAUGUAGCCUGAUUGGGUAUAGAUUUCUCUGCCUUCCUCCCUGUGCAGCUUGGGUUUAUGUCUUCAGUAUUGUCUGGAACUGUCAUUUGUUCUCUGAGAUGUUUUGCACCAUCUUUAUGAUUCAGCUUUUCUUAUCACUACAAUUCUUUAAAUAGAGCUUUCAGCAGAGAUGACAGAAGAUGAGACACCCAAGAAAACUACCCCCAUCCGCAGAGCAUCUCGAAGGCCCAGGUCUUAGUAGGUGGCGCAGGUCCUCAGAGGAGGUCGUCUUGCCUAUUCCCCUCCCUGCUGUGCAGGCUACCUUGUGGAAUGAUCUUGAAUUCCAGUCCUAUUCCCUUGUAAAAUGUGUAUUUGUCUCCUUGUUUUUUAAUAUGUACGUGACCUUAAAUUGCAAGGCACUUCUUAAACCAACAUAUCUGAAUGGAGUUGAGCUGCUUUCACUUUGUUUGUCAGUCCCCUUGUUUUCUAGCCAAUAAAUGUUUUUAUAGACUUUUAAGCAUUCUGUCCUAAGUGUAUCUCUGUUUCCUAUUCCAUGUUAGCCCAGGCGCAGGCAGCAGACAGGGUUAUCAACCCAGAGAAAAAAGGAGCCCAGGAGUCCUGAAGUCCCCACAUCUCACAUGAGCGUCCUGCCCUUCACUACAUCUUGUACAAGUGACAAGAUGGCCCACUGUGGAAAACUAUGCAGUCUCUUGUCUGCAUCAGGGGUUCUCAACCUAGGCAUGACUUUGCACCCCCCGCAGAAGACAUUUGACAAUGUCUGGAGAUGUUUUUUGUGCCUGGGAGGCAGGGGGAUGCUACCAGCAUCCAAUGAGUGAAAGCCAGAGAAGGAUGUUGCUCAUUGUCCUCCAUGCACAGGACAGCCCCAUGACACAAGUAUUUGACCCAAAAUGUCAACAGUGCUGAAGUUGAGAAAUCCUGCUCUAGACCAAGGGUUGUU